AAAAAUUUCAAGCUGGCCACUAAAUUAUCAAAAUGUGUUUUGUUCAGUGGGAAUUUCUACUCCUUGGAGUUGCUGUUUUUCUAGUAUAGAGCCCAAUCAUCCUAUACUAGAGCUUGUCCAUUUUAUGAUUCAGGUGAACACAAGUGGAAUGCGUGCCCCUCCUCCUAGUCGAGAACCAAGUAGAGCAAGUGGGGCCCUCUAUGAGCUAACGCCCACCAGGAAACUUGCAACAAAAUCCCCUGGUAUGAUUCAUAUUGGAACAGCUCAUGACACAAGUGGUGAAAUAGUUCCACCUUCCCCUAUGAAGAAGGAUUUUACAUCAGAACCUCCACUUCAUGCACAAAGGUAAAGUAAUAUUAUAUACAUGUAAAAGGUAUGCUGUAAUGUGAAUUUAAACUGUCAAAGUUAAUCAUUAUAACACCAUUGGGUUGUUG